UUCUGAACAAGUUGUGAGUGCUUUGAUUAUGUGCAUUAAUCUCAGGUUGUACAUUUGUGCUGAUAUAUGUCGUGCAGAAAACCGCAGCCUCGUGUUUUCUGUCGUGCAAACUACAGGAUGCUGACAGGGGGCUGUUAUACGGCUAAACGUGGAGGUUGUGUGAAGAACAGCCUACUUUGAGACCGUUGUGCAGGCAGUGCAUAGCGUGGUGCUGUUUGUACGAACUGUUUUGCGAAAUGCACAGCAAAGGACGCUUUGAGAAGUGCACCGAAGACACCCCGAGAAGAAGCAGAGAGGGAGGAGUGUGAGUGUCCUCUGGAGGCUCUGCUGCUGGACUUCAGUCCCCUGACCCCGAGCAGCGACACUGUCCGCGAUGAGCCGGAGCAGGAGGCGCAGCAGGUGCGGCAGAGAUGGAGGCACAGCUUCAGAAAGACCCCGCUUGUGUUGAUCUCCUCAGCGCCUCGGACUGAAGCAGGGAUGCUGGACCUCUGGCCUCUGCUGUUUGGGCACUGCUUGCUCUCGUCGUGUCUUCUCUCGAGUCAGGCGGAGCUCCAGAGGUCUUGUUCUCAGCACAGUAUGAACCGAGGAGCUGAGGGCUGCCAGCUGCUGUGUUCCUGCCGGACCUACCCUCCUGUCCCUCCUCCACCUCCUCCUCCACCUCCACCUCCGGGACUGACCGCCGCCCGCACUCCGGAGGCUUCUGCUCCUCUGCCGAGGCUCUGGUGGACGGACAUCAUCGUGGCCGGGACAAUAGCAAGUGCUUUGGCCGUCUUUCUCUUGCUGAUUGUCAUUAUAUGCUACAAGGCCAUAAAAAGGAAACCCAUGAAGAAGGAGAAGAAUGGUACAAAUUGUGGAGAUGAUGGCGUGAGCUCUCUGAAAAAGGCCAGCAGUGCUGCGGUGGGCUCCAGGAGUGUAUGAAGUGAAGUCAGCGAGGUCAUUCAGAGCCCGUCCGGAUGCAAUGUGAAGCGGCGGGCUAGAAAUCACACACACGUUCAUCACAGAUUCCAUAUAGGCAUUCAUUUUAUGUCAACACGUGUCAUGUCUUUUUAAACUUAUUUCUCACAACCAUUUAUGCAACUCGGACUGGAAAUUGCUGGAAUGUAAUCUCUGAAAGUAGGGGUGUGUAAUGUCGAUGCACGUGACAUAUUUCCAGUCCGUUAUCUCCUCGAGAUUAGAACACUGCUAGUAAUGGGCAUCUGAACACAGAGACUCUCGGCUGUGUCGUGAUCACCUUGAGAGUCUGAUGCACUUAUAAGUGUGGGAGGAUUUAUGAGGACCAGUUAUCCUGAAAGGUCAUAAUUAAGAUAAUUACUGACGUGGGUGACCUUGCUGGUGUGUGAGAGACUUGGAUCUGUUCAAGAUCUUCUUCUGUCUGUGCAACUGCCUUUCUUAAAAAGUGCCCUAAGAAAUAUGACAUUUUCUUUUGCACUGUGAAGAGUGCUGAAUACAUUGUCAGCAGGCAGUCAAAAUGUAUUAUAUGUAUAAAGUGGUAUACAAAUUAUGCAUGAAUGUAAAUACUGUUAAAAGAAAACUAGCCUUGAUGACUGUUAUUUGCUUGCAUAUAUUUUUAGAAUAGUAAAAAAUCUAAUUUUGUCUCGUCA